AUGCAGUUCAGUCGAAUCGCCCACGCCGGGCUCGAUGGCGCCAUACUCGUCGCCAAGUACCCCGGGACCUAUCUCGAUGCUGCUUGGGCUGCGGUUCGCAAGUUCUGCUUUGCCGUCAUCUUCCUCGCUCUCAUUGCCGCCAAAAUGACCCAUAUCUAUGCUCAUAUCACCUCCUUGCCGGUUUCCGUGCUCCUGGUUUGGGGUAUCACCUUCUUUCUCCAGGAUAUCAUCAUCAUCUUCCUCGCCAGGGGGUUGACGGCCGAGUUUCAAUGGAAGACCGUUCGCAUUGCGGCCGCCGCUGUCACCAUUUUCUGCACACUCGCCAUCUCCGGUAUGGCCUCCGCCAACAUCUCCUUCUACUUCACCACCGGCGCCGAAAUCCACUGGCACCAAGCCCACAACGUUGGCGGCGAUGCCGCUGCCAUUCGCACGCUUCUCUCUGGUUUGACCGGUUUCCUGAUCGUCCAGAUCCUCAUCAUCGUCGGUGCCUACUUCUCCUGCAACCUCCUCUACAACGCCACCGGCGCCGUGCUGCACAUUCUCGGUUCCUCGUUGAAGCUGGUGCUCUGCUGCUGGCGCCGGAAGCGCCCCGAUCCCGCCGCUUUCGAACGUAUCGAGUGUCAGGAUUAUCGCGAUGAUCAAAACAACGGCGAGGACGUGCUGGACGAUGAUAAGAGUGAGGAUUUCCUCCUGGACGGACACGUGGACACCUCCGAGAAGACCGCCGUGUCGCUACUCAAGCGACUCCUGGUUCUCUUCCCCAUGACCAUCCUCUUCGUUCUGCGCUGCGUUCGUCCUCCCGACCCGGCCUUCUUUUUCCUGUCGUGGUCCAUUCCUCUCGCCCCCUUGGUUGACGGCCGGCCCCAUCGCGGUCCGCCCGUCGAGGUCAGCGGAUUGAAGGGUACUUAUGGCUGGCUCACAAACCAGACUGCAUUGACCCCCCCGGUCACCCUGGACUGGUUACCCAACGAUCGUGUCCUCCCCGGAUUCGCCGACUGGGCACCCAGUUCGCUUUCGAAUGCCACCGAGCCGCCGUUGCACUACAACCCCACCGAAGAUCCCAUCCACAUCUCCAACCUGCACCACGACGUCCUUGACCCGUUGCGGCAGUCCUUGCGCAGCGGUGACGUCAACAUCAAGCACAUCAUUUUCAUCAAGCUGGAAAGCACCCGCGCCGAUGUCUUUCCUCUGCGUGAGGAGGGUUACAUCUGGGAGCGCGUUCUCGAAUCGUACGGUGGUGAAAUCCCCGACGCGGCCAAGGAACGCUUGUUGAAUGUGGGACGCAAUGCUGAACGUCUAACCGGUUUCCCUGCUGCCCUCUCCAAGAAGGAUGGUCCCCCGAAGCCGUAUGGUGGUAUCAGCGCCCGCAACGCUUAUACCGCCGGCACCUAUACCCUCAAGAGUGUGGUCGGCAGUCUGUGCGGUGUAACUCCGCUGGUCGCCGAUUUCAACCGCGAGUACCAGCAGCACAUCUACCAGCCCUGUCUGGCGCAGGUCUUUGAGGCGCUCAACACCCAAAACAACGACACCGUCAGCGAUGACUACACCACCUGGCCCUGGCACUCCAAGUGGAUGCAGUCUGUCACCGAAACGUACGACCACCAGGAUGACCUGACUCCGAAGAUGGGGUACCACGAUAUCGUCGACAAGGAGACGCUCAACCUGACGGACGUCGAGGAGGUUAACUAUUAUGGGUAUGCCGAUACCGUCCUCAGAGACCAUGUCCGAGAAGCUCUGGACGACGCCGAGGCCAACCACAAGCGCCUGUUCCUCACGCAUCUGACCGGUAUCACUCACCACCCAUGGGGUAUGCCCGGCGGCAAAUAUGAAGACCUUGUUGGCCCGAACUGGAAGAACGACAACAUGAACCGGUAUCUCAACACCAUCGGCUAUGCCGACCGUUGGUUGGGAGAGAUUAUGGACAUUCUGCAGGAAAAGGGGGUCGCUGACGAGACUCUGCUGGUGAUGGCCGGUGAUCAUGGCCUGUCAUUACCUUAUGACAACGGAAUCACCCCCUAUGAUAACCCCCGGGUGGGCAAUUUCCAUGUCCCGCUUGUUCUCGCACACCCGAAACUGCCAGCCGUCCCGAUUGAAUCCCCGGUCAUCAACAGCCAAAUUGUCCCCACUGUCCUGGACCUGCUGAUUGAAUCCGCUUCGCUGGGAGAUGAUGCGCGUCACGCCGCCGCUGAUGUCCGAGCUUUGUACGAAGGUCAAUCCAUGAUCCGACCUUUGGUUCCCGAAGAGAAGGGCAGACAGGAUUGGCAGUUUAGUGUCAUGAACACUGGUGGUUCGUGGCUUUCUGUUCGGUCCGCGGAUCAGCCCUACCGUCUAGUCAUCCCCCUGAUCAACGAUGUCGAGUGGCGUUUCAGCAACAUGGAGAUCAACCCUCACGAAACCAAGCCUGUCAUCAAGAACUUCGACGUCAAUCAGUUGGCGAUGGAAGUCGAGCGGAUUCACGGGCCUUUCGCCCUGAAAUGGGUGGGCGCGGCUGCCCACGUCGCCCAGUGGUGGGUGUCCGAGAACUGGCGACGAUACCGGUUCGACCCAGACCUACCGGAUGAGCCUCACGAUUAG